AGGUCCACCUCCAUCCCACAGCCAUGUCCUGCUUCGAUCUGUGCCGUCCCUGUGGCCCGACCCCGCUGGCCAACAGCUGCAACGAGCCCUGUGUGCGCCAGUGCCAGGACUCCCGGGUGGUGAUCCAGCCCUCUCCCGUUGUGGUCACCCUGCCCGGACCCAUCCUCAGCUCCUUCCCCCAGAACACCGCUGUGGGCUCCAGCACCUCCGCUGCUGUUGGCAGCAUCCUGAGUGAGGAGGGCGUGCCCAUCUCCUCCGGUGGCUUUGGCCUCUCUGGCCUGGGCAGCCGCUUCUCUAGCAGGAGAUGCCUGCCCUAUUAA